AUGAAAGACUCGAGAGAAAUCAUACGUUUGCCAUACAAUCAAUUCGAAAUGGGUCCUGCUGUUUCUGAAUUAGUUAAACUUCUCUUAGAAAAAUCCAAGAGCCUAAACAAAAGGGGAAUGAUGGUUUCGCUCCCACCUAUACCAAUGGAUUUUGAAGGAGACAACGAAGAAUUUGAAGAUAUAUGCAUAAUGCAUAAAAUCGUAGACUCAAUGGCUGAAGAAGUUUCGGAGGCUUCUCAACGAUGGAUGGAUGAUUCUGGGGAACUCAGAGUCAGUCACAAACCUGAUUUUUGGGUGAAGUCUUCGAUUAAUGCUGGUGAUGUGGAAGUAUGUCUUAUGGAGGCUUUGCGUGUUCUUCCGACUGAUAAAAAGAUCUGUGAUGACUGGGAUAAGCUGAUAAAGCUUAUGAAAGACACUCACGUGCAGUUAUUGAGGAAGCUCACUAGAGGAAGAGGUGGGGAAAUGAAGGACCUGGAAGAAGAUUUUAACAGAGUUCCAGUAUUUGGUAUCCAAGUUGCUGCUUUCUACUUUGUUCAGCUUCUUGGAUCAGUACAAAUCCCUAUGAAUCGAGGCCAGUCUUCGCUUGCUGGAUUUAAUUAUUUAAUACAUGGGCAACCCUGUGGAGACACAUCAGCAUCCUUAAUAAGAUUGUGGAAAAAGUUGAUGCAUUUUUAUAUGACAUCUCCACAAUCUCAGGAGGAUGUGCCCCUUUAUGGAGGAGAGUAUCCUUAUGAUGCUGAAUUUGAAAUUAGUAUGUAUCAGGAAUAUACCAUUCCAUAUGAUUGGAUAAUUCGUAAAAAGAGUCAAUUGCGGUCUAGAUUCCAAAAGCGACUUUUAGAAAUAGAAGCAUAA